UGCAUUAGGACUUGGUUUGAAGCUGAAGAAUGGACGUGUAAGGAUUCAAUUCAAACGUCAAACAUCGCGAUAGCUUGGUCUUCUUUGCACCAUCACCUGUAAAAUUUUUCCACGUGCUCGUCUUCUUCAAACUCUUGCAAUAAAGCAACUUGCGAGAGAAACAGAGAGAGAGAGGGAAAGAGGAACAAUGACGGUUCUAACUUGCAUACUCUGCUUCUUCUUCCUGCUACCCAUAUCGGUCUACUGUCAGUCCCAACCUUCCAGGAACAUAGCACUUGGCUCUGCUCUUUCUUCUCUCAACAGCCCUUCUGCCUGGAUUUCUAGCUCGGGCGACUUCUCUUUUGGUUUCUCCACCGUUGCUGGCAACCUCUAUGUGGCCAUCUGGUUCGAGAAGAUCCCGAGAAAGCCUCUGGUCUGGACAGCAAACAGAGAUAGUCCAGCCCCCAAUGGCUCAAGUAUAGAGUUCACAAGCAAUGGCAGGCUGAUACUAAAGGAUCCCAACAGCGUGGAGAUUCUGGAAAUCGCAAGGAGUGCCGAUGGAGGAGUCCAGUCGGCGGCCAUGCUUGACACAGGGAACUUCGUGCUUCAGAAUUCCGAUGGUUCUGAGUUCAAAUGGCAGAGUUUCGAUAAGCCCACAGACACCAUCUUGCCUGGACAGGUUCUGAAAGCAGAGCAGCAGUUGCUUUCUGCGUUCUCGCCUACCAAUCUGUCUACGGGAAGGUUUUUCCUCAAGAUGCAGUCCGAUGGAAACCUGGUGAUCAAUCGGCGUAGGAAGCCAAUAGAGGAUGAUACCGUUGCCUAUUCAUCACGCACAGCUGCGGGGACUGGUGGUGGGAAAUUGGUAUUCAAUGACACAGGCAGAAUCUACAUAAUGCAGCCCAAUAACAGUAUGUACAAUCUCACACCUGAUUCUGCAAUUCCGUCGCCGGCGGAUGCCUUCUACCAUAGAGCGACUCUAGACUAUGAUGGAGUUUUCCGGCAAUAUAUUUUUCCAAAGAGCAGCAGCAGCACUUGGUCGCAGUCCUGGAGCAGGGUAUGGAGCACAACCGACGAUCCAUGCAACGUUCCCAGCCUUUGUGGAGUCAACGGGUACUGUGCUUCCAGAGGUGAUCAAAAAUUCGAUUGUCUGUGCCCCACCAACUACUCUUACAUCGAUUCCAACUACCAAUUCAUGGGUUGCAAGCAGGAUUUCCCGGCGCCGGAUUGCCGGAGGUCGUCGGACGAUUAUCGAUUGGCGACAUUGGAAGGGGUAAACUGGCCUACUGGAGAUUAUGAAAUGAUUGAAUCUGUAGAUGAAGGACAAUGCAGACAAGCAUGCCUUUCGGAUUGUCUAUGUGCUGUUGCCAUCUACGGGGCGCAGCUUUGCUGGAAGAAGAAAAUGCCCUUGCUCAGAGGAAAGUUGUCCCCAAGUGACGGCUCCAAAGCCCUGAUCAAAGUGCCCAAAGAUAACGUUUCAUUCCUUUUCCCUCCUAUAGUAGAUGGCAUAGACAGGAGGGACGAAGGCAGAGAAAAGCCAUUACCUUUAUCUAUCGUUGGAUGGGUAUUUGUGGCCGCUUCAGUAAUUCUCAAUCUUCUGCUUGCUGCUGGUUUUGCCAUUUUUUGGCUGCAUCAGCGAAGACCACAAAAGUUGGAAUCGAAUUCUGGGGCGCCGGAAAUGAACUUAAGGAGCUUUAGUUAUAAGGAAUUGCAGGACGCUACUGGUUUUUUCAAGGAGAAGCUUGGGAGCGGAUCCUUCGGGAGUGUUUACAAGGGGACUCUAAACUCUGCGGUAGGGAAAUUAAUUGCUGUAAAGCGGCUGGAUAAGCUGAUGGAAGAUGGGGACAAAGAAUUCAGAACAGAAGUGAGUGUGAUAGGAAGAACCCAUCACAAGCACCUUGUCCAGCUACUUGGCUUCUGUGAUGAAGGCCUAAACAGAUUAGUGGUCUAUGAAUACAUGGAGCAAGGAUCUCUAUCGAGCACCCUGUAUGAAAGCACCAAAUUGAAUUGGAAGCAGAGAAUCCUGAUUGCAUCCGGCAUUGCCAGAGGCCUUUUGUAUCUCCACGAGGAAUGCGCCACCCAAAUCAUACACUGCGACAUUAAGCCUGGAAACGUCCUUCUUGAUGGCAACUUCAUGCCGAAGAUCUCGGAUUUCGGAUUAGCUAAGUUAUUGAGACAUGAUCAAACAAAGACUCUUACUGACAACAUAAGAGGAACGAGAGGCUAUGUGGCCCCUGAAUGGUUCAGGAAGAUGGCCAUCACAGUAAAAGCCGAUGUUUACAGCUAUGGAGUGAUGCUGCUGGAGAUCAUAUGCUGCAGGAAAAGUGUAGAACUGAACAAAAGGGAGGAAGAAUCGGCCAUCCUGGUAGAUUGGGCCUACGACUGCUUCGUCGAACGACAAUUGUACAAGUUGGUGGAGCAUGAUCAAGAUGCAAGCAAUGAUAUGGAAAAUGUGCAGAAGAUGGUGAUGGUGGCGCUCUGGUGCAUUCAAGAAGAGCCAUCUCUUAGACCCACAAUGAAGAAGGUGACGCAGAUGCUGGAAGGUGUGGUUAAGGUCCCAGUUCCACCCAACCCAUCUCCUUUCAUAAGUUCAAUGGGCUGAAGAUGCAUAUGUUUGUGUUUUUUCCAUUUUCUCACAUGAGAAGAAGAAGAUUGCAACUCUUAUAUAUAUACGUAUAUAUAUAUAUAUAUAUAUAUAUAUAUAUAUAUAAUGCACACACUACAUAUCUGAUAAUGUCACUGUUUUUGGGGGGAUGGUGGUGGAAUUGUGGUUUCACCCAUGGGUGCAAAUAUAUAUCAUGA